AUCGGAUACCAAAGGAGGCAAAAUAAGCAUACGUGAGAAAACAGGUUGUUAAGAUAGAAGAGAAAAAAGGGAAGAAACUGAAGUAGAUGGGAUUAGAAGAAAUGAAUUGAAGCGCUAGCAGAGGUCUGUCGACGAGGAUAAAAUGGGAAUGAAGGCGCUAAAUAAGAACGGCUAGAAAUAAACGCUUUGUGUUGAAACGUUUCAAUUCAGCUAUAUUUAUCCACCUUAAGCCCCAUGUUGGAUAAUUGAUACUCAUAUUGUAUAAACAGGAGAAAUUGAACAAGAAUCAAAAGGAGUAAUGGAGAAGAAGAAGAAGAAAAUGCGUAGGAUGAAAUAAUAUUUGUUAUGGUUUACAAGCCUCCCAUAAGGAGUAUAUAUAGGGAAAAUCCGGGUCUGGGCCUCUAAUAUGGGCCUGACAGACCCGGUUACAUAAAUGGAUUGAUAGUAUAAAAAGCUAAUCUAGAACAUCUUAAUAAUAAUAAUAAUGUACAAUAAUAUGAAUCCACUAAACGUGUGUGGGCCGCUGUCCAGGCCCAGUAGUCGGCAGACCGGGGGAUCGGAGUCCAUAUACUCCAUCACCCUAAUCAGCCCUUCAUCCAAACACUAUUACUUUUAUAAUAUUUGACUGAAUUUAAGAUAUUUCAGCCCAUUGUUAGCUGAAAUGGUGUCCCAAACAUAGCCUUAGUGUUAUUUAUGAAUGAGCUGAACUCAAAAUGCCCGAAUUAAAUAUGGGGAAAAUACGUAUAUAUUACUCCGUACUAAAACAUAGAGACACUCCCUAAAUAUGACCAAAAAGGAGAAACAUGCGAAAUGUGAGCAAUAAAUAUGGGAUGACAUCUUGCGUCACAUGAGACCCGCAAUAUAAUUCCUUAAAUGCCCUCAAUAAGAAUAUCAAGAAAACCAAAAGACCAAUACGGUUCAAAUGGAAACAAGUGCUUUUUAGGAGCCAUCUUCUAUGCAUGCAUUAACUUCCAGCGAAAUUAUAGUCUUCGUCUUCUUAAAAAUGAGAAAGAGACGUGCUCCACUAGAAAGGAAAUAUCCCAUGAGAAAAAGGCGAACAUUGAAGAAAAGAACGAGGCGUGUGAAAGAAUGGAAGCAAAUAAGGAACCAUCUUCGGCCUCAUAUUUUGCAAGGAAUGAAAGAAUGGAAGACAUUGAAGACCCGUUGUUGAGAGGAAGAGCACUGAGUCGGUAAGUAAAAUGAUAAUGAAUGUUUGAAAUCAUACGAAUUAUAGGCAUGUGAAGCAAUUUGUCCAGGUGUUGAUGUGAAUGCCGAAAUUGAUUUGCGAGUGUGUAAAAACUAGGAUAGUAAUCUGUAUACUGAAAGUGAUUCUUGAGGGUGUAAAAAAAUGGCAUUUAAGGCAAUUUGAACACGGCAGUAAUAGUGUUGGACAUUAAUCGAAAUAAUGAAAGUGAUUUGCGAUAUUGUGAAGAAUAGUGCAUUAGGUGGCGAUUUGAAUAGGCAUUCAUAGUGACGAACAUUAGUCUUCUUACUGUGAAUUUGAAUUGUGAUUGUGUAAAAGAAAGGGCUUUAUGGGACGAUUUGGACAGGGCGGUAUUAUUGGAGAAUAUUAGGAACAAGUGAAUACUCUGAAAAAAUAUGACAUGAAUUCAAAAUGCAGCAUGAAUUACAUUAGAAAAAAUUACCUUUCUUACAUGUAUAUGUAGUCAAUUAUGUCUUAUUUGUUUCAUUUGCAUGAAUAUGAGAGGAUUUGUGCUAUGGAUCAAUAGGCGUUGGACACUGAUAUGAAGAUCAAUUGCCAUUGCAAUUCACAAAAGGUAGUAGAGACCAUUGUGGCCCAUCUAGAUAAAAAAAGAUUUAGAAGAGUUUAGGAAAACAGUGUUUGGAUACUUUCUUGAUAUAGGAAACAUAUCAUAUUGCUCAUAGCUAAUUAUGUAGAGACCAAUGUUCCCGUGAGCUGUUGAGGAAAGACUGAAAAGAGUUAUAAAAAAGCCUAGACGGUUCACACCAUUUGGACCAGAAAAGAGAAAACAAGGAGGAAACGAGAGAAAAGGGGCGAGGACAAACACUAUGAUGCAGUGACGUUGGAUGAUCCCACGAAAAUGCCAAACAAUGAUUUGGUUACAAAAGUUUGUGAAUUCAUGACAAAAGGCCUACAUAAAAACCACAAAAGGAUGGUUGGAAGAAAGUACAAGACUGACUUUGAGACUUUGAAAGUCAAAAGCAUUUUAGGAAGGUGAGGCGAUGUAAUGAUUGAUAGUAAGUCAUGGUCUUAUGCAGCUUAUUACUACUCCGAAAUGCUAACCGGCAUGAACCGAAUCCACCUUGACAACACGGCUAUGGAUGGGCGCAUUACUACUCUUUGUGAGGAAGUCCAGUAAGUUAGGGAGGAGAACCGUUUGCGUUUUGAACGGUUAGAAGAAAAUCAACGUAAAGCAUUGGGACCUGUGCAUGCAUACUUUGAUAACAAGGGAUACUUUGAAUCCAUACCAGUUCAACAUCGACACCCUACAUGGUAUGACCCCUCUUCAUGGGGCACUUUUGGUGGAGGAGGCCAUGGCGGUGAGGCUAGCGAUUAUGGUGGCUACCACGGCGAGGAUGAUGGCGGAGAGCACCAGGGACAGUUCUUGGACAAAGUAGGGGGGAGUCACUCAUUUGGAACUCAUUCCAAUUGAGAGCGCUUAGGUUUCAAGAAAUGACGAGUAUUUUGUUCAUGAAAAUGAUGAAGAUCCCUAUUGUCAUUUGGGGAAUAAAUGUAAAAAUUGAACACUUUACUUGCAUUGAACCUACUUCUUAGUUUUAUCUCUACGGAUUUUGAACUGCUAUGUUGAUUUUACUCGAGGACGAGUAAUGGACUAAGUAGGGGGAGUUUGAUAGCAUAGAAUUAUGUUUGUUUACGUGUGUAAUUUUAACUAGUUUUAUUUAUUGUUGUAAGGAAAAUUACACACUUUUGGUGUAAUAGUUUAUUUUUCCUAUUUUGUUUGUAAUUUGUUUAGAUUAGGAUUAUUCUGAGUUUUAACUAGGUAAAGAUCAUCAAGAGGGUCCUUAGAAAGGUCAAGGAAAGUGAAAGGAAACAAGAUAAAGUGAAGAUUUGGAAAAGUAGUCAUUUACCCGGUCGGGUAAAGCAUUUACCCGGUCGGGUAUUGACUUGAUCUGAAAAUCAAAUCUGAUUUGGAGGCAAUUUAACGUGCAAGAAAAGAUUUGGUAAAGAUUUGUCUUCUACCCGAUCGGGUUUCUCCAAAACCCGGUCGGGUAUAUUGUGACAGAUGAAGGUUCCAGGCACUUACUCAAGAACCCCGAUCGGGUUUCUCAAAAACCCGGUCGGGUAAAUGGCCUUGAUCGCUCCAAACACCGAUAAAUACACCCCCUUUGCUUCCCA